AUGCCUCCUGUAAGACGAAGUAAUUUGGGUAGAAGAACCCGAAAUACUACAAACCAAACUAAUUACCCAUCUAAUCAUACUGCUCAAGAACGUAAUAUUGGGCACUUUUUUAUCCCACAUUAUUAUGUAAUUAAACCAGAUAGCACAACUACUAAAUUAUGUGUAGUUUUUGAUGCUUCAGCUCGUACAUCAUCAAAAGUGUCAUUAAAUGAGUUAUUUAUGGUGGGCCCUACAAUCCAAAAUGAACUUGUAAUAACAUUAUUAAGAUUUCGAUUAUAUCAAUAUGGAAUAACGCCUGACAUAACAAAAAUGUAUAGACAAUUUUGGCUACAUCCAAGUAAUCGCAAUUUUCAACUAAUUUUGUGGCGUGAGCAUAAAUCGCAAAAUAUUUCAGUUUAUCAACUGAAUACUGUUACAUAUGGUACGAGUUCUGCUCCAUUUCUUGCAACUCGGUGCUUACACUACAUUGCAGAUAACUAUCCUUACCGUAAAGAAACAGGUAAAAUGAUAUUAAAAAGGGAUUUUUAUGUCGAUGACAUGAUCUCAGGAGCAGAUGACUUGGAGACAUUGCAAGCCAUCAAAAAUGAAACUACCGAAAUAUUGGAUUUUUACAACUUAUCGUUAACAAAGUGGAAUAGUAACAAUGUUAACAUCACUGCACCAAAUGUUAAACUUACAGAUAUUGAGACUGCAAGAGAUAUGGCAUGCCCACUUGGAAUGUUAUGGAAUACGAAAGAAGACUAUUUUUGCUUCACUUUUCAAUCAACCAAUAUACCAGAAAGUCAUACUAAACGAAACAUUUUGUCAUUAGCAUCAUCUUUAUAUGAUCCUUUGGGUGUAAUUAGUCCACUCAUCAUCAAAGCUAAGAUUUUGUUACAGCAACUAUGGAUAAUUGGAUGUGAUUGGGAUGAAUCCGUACCUCAAGAAAUUUACACAACAUGGAACAAAAUUCUUGCUGAUUUGCAUCAAGUGAACAGCCCUUGCGUUUUAAUUAGUUCAAGUGCUUAUUAA